CAAUGAUGCCUGCGCAAAAUCUUUAAAUAUGCACUCUGCCCAUUCUGAACCACUUUGGAGAAUCAGAACAAACAGGUUAGACCGCUGUGUUCCCGUCAACAUUUUCAUAACAAGGAAGCUAUCAAUAAAGCUCUUAUUUCUGAUUUAUACAUUGUCGACUGCUUCUGAUGAAGUGUGGAUAGAGCACAUGAUGAUUCACAAAGGACCCGAUAUUUGACUUCCUCAAUUUAUCACAAGAUGUGGUCAUGCGAUUGUGUUGCCUGGAACUGACUGGCGAAAGAUAUGAACAUAUUUGUUUGGACUGCAGCUCAGAAAUGAAGAAGUCUUCACUCGUGAUUCUGAUGUUCAACACCUUCUGUGCCUUUUCACAAAUUCCCCAUGAACUUGUCUAUCUUGUGGGCUGCUUUGACAAUGGCACAACGGAGGUACAGCUUGAAUUUGAUGCUGAGGAGAUUUUUCACGUGGAUUUUGAAAGACGUGAAGUUGUUUACACUGUACCCAGAUUUCUUGUGAAUAACCCAAGUGAAAUAUAUGAUGAUAGGCGUCUAUAUGGCAAUGCUUUGAAAGGCCAGCACGUGUGUCCAGUUGCUGUGGCAUUGGGCAAAUUGGAGGAAAACAAUCCACAGGAAGAAAAAGACCCUCCAGAGAGCAUCCUCUACCCCGCGGAAGAAGCUCAGCUGGGAGUUGAAAACAGCCUCACCUGCUUUGUGAAUCAUUUCUACCCACCUGACAUCAAAGUCAGCUGGACCAAAAAUGGUUGUCCGGUGUCGGAGGGGGUGUCACUCAGUCAGUACUAUCCCAAUAAUGAUCAAACCUUCCACCAGUUCUCUACCCUGACAUUCACACCAAGGGAGGGGGACAUUUACAGCUGCACUGUGGAGCACUCAGCCCUGGACAGGCCUAAAACCAGGCUCUGGGAACCUGACUUUAGGCAUCCCAGUCUUGGACCAGAUAUUUUCUGUGGAGUGGGCCUGACUCUGGGCUUGUUGGGAGUUGCAGCUGGAACUUUUUUAAUGGUUAAGGGACACAAUAGGCGUUAACUUCUCUGUUUUAGAGAGGUUAUACACAUGAUGAUGAUGGUGAUGAUGAUGAUGAUGAUGUUGGUGAUGAUAAUGAUGCCACAUGUGAAUCUUACACCAACAAUUAUAUUUGAGUCAAACAGAAAUUUGCACAGUUUAUCAUCUUCUAAACCAUGAUUUGGUUUUAAAAAAAAUUUAUGAAUCAGGCCGUGGCUAUGCAGUGGUUAUUAUUUCUAUUUAUGGCUUAUGCAAGAGUGAAUCAAACCAAGAGUUCAACUGUGUAACAUUUGCACUGUUGAAAAACAUUUGUAAACAAUAUAUUUCUCAUCCUUCAUCAGCAGUGUUACAACAUCAUCAUUUACAUGUGGACAUACCUUUAUACACAGAACAGACACCACAUUAUAUUUAACUUUAAAGCAAGAUUAUGUGGGCCUAAAUAACACAUUAUUCUUAAAGAUAAGCUGAAUUCAUAAGCAAUUAUAUGCAUGCUUUCAGUAAAUGUAUAGCAAAUAUAUUUCUAGUCUUUUCAACCACUUAAAGUGCUUUUACACUACAUCCACACACUGAGCCUAAGGAGGAGAAGCCAGGGAUUGAACCACCAACCUUCUGAUAAAUGGGCAACUUGCUUGAUCCUGAGCCACAGCCGCCCCUAAGUACUGAGUUAAGCAACUCAGUACACUCGGAUUUUGCUGCGACAGCCUGGCUUGGUCUGGUGUGACUAGUAGUUUUUGGUGGCUAAUGUAGCUAAUUUUAAAUAGACAGUUUACUAAAUUUUCUGUACUUGUGCUGCUGCUAAUUUUAGAUAUUAACAUUAUUCUGUGGUUGUCAUUUGUGGCCACAUCGACUGCUGUUCAGCAGUAGUCUCGCUUUAAAUCAAGAACAGGAGUAAAAAUUUAAUUGAACCAUGAAUUAUCCCAUUGUAAGACACUACAAGGAGUGGUCUGCAUCUGCGGCUUCUGGCCUUAUAAUGAGUACUAUCCAGUCCACAGUCAGCCACUGUAUUAAUCCACUUUUUAUUAUAAGAAGCACAUUUAAUUUGAAAGGGCCUUAAGGUCUGAAUGAAAUUUAAUUCAAUUUCUUUGUAAUUUAUUUACCAGUGUUUCUGUUUGCUUUCUACCUUGUUGUGGUUAUUACCAUGUAACGCACUGUCUGUCUACUUCACUGUUAUCGCUGUAACUUUGAUAUUUGUAAACUAACAGAUGCAGACCACUGUAUAUUUUUCAGUUUUUAUAAAAUAACCUUAAAUUAAUCAUUGAGAUUACAGCAGAUAAACAAACAUAACAAAAUCAAUUACAAUCACUUCCAAAUUAAAAGUUUAAAAUAA